GCAUGCAGUCGUUAAAUUCUCUGGGCUCCAAAGCUUCUUCGAGGAAGAAAAGCACACACAGGCUAUAUCUGAAGCAGCUCCUGAAUGCACCCCCUCCAGAACAAAUGGGCUCUAUGGUAUUUCAAGUCAGACAAAAACAAAGAAUGGAAGGACAACCUCAAACUUGUCAUAUCUUUUGAUACGGUUGAGGACUUUUGGUCGUAAGUUUCUUUCCUUGUACUUUCUUCUGUGCAUAAAAUUUGGGUGGUUAUCGACAGCCCAGAGGAGGUUGGACACGCAUUGUAGAUUGCGUAACGCAAUGCAAUUUUUUCCUGAGCCUGCAAUCCUUUCUCUGUAGAGAAUGUAUGGCAGAUACAUAAUGCCUCACUUAAUCAAAGCCAGGCCGAGAUGUAAUAUUCAAUAGAUGUAUCUUAAGAAGUAAAGCGGUCGAACCCCACCCUUACCCCAUGUUCCGAGUCAGUUAUAGCAAAGAGUACUAGAAGCUUCGCGGUACUCGCAGUGUAAUCGUUGUUACUCAGCUAUAUAACUAUACAGUACCUUUUUUCGAUCCUUGUUACAACUCUCUGCUUGAUUUCAAAAGUAUCUUCUAACUUAAGCUCUACAAAACUAGGCUAUGAACUGCAGAGGUUGACAUCCAGUGCCUUCGUACCUGAAAUGUUAAUUUAAGUUGAUUCACGCGAUCUUUUCCAACCUCUUCUGGUGCAAGCCUAGCAUAAAGUCAUAUGUUUUAACUUUAAAAUUUACGGUAGACUGCCAGCUUUGUCCUGUAAAGAAUGUUUUACAAUAUGCAUUUGCAUGCGCAUUUACCUAUCUACUAACGCCACAGGUCUCUAUUCUGUUGUGAGACAUGUGACCUUCAGCCAAUCAGAUCCUUUGAUAUUGUCGCAUGCUGCUUUUAAUGGUUCAAUGCGUGUGUCAUAACUGGUUAAUGCACACUUUUUUCACUUAAUCAACACCUUUUCAAUUUAAUCCAUACUUCUGGCUGAGGUCACAUGCAGCACUGUGUGCUGUGCACUACAUUGUGCGGUUACAGUUAGUGCACUCGGAAGAAGUGAUAACCGUUUCGUCAUUGAUCCUCGAUUGUUAUCACUCUGUCCUCGUGUACUUGGACUAAACCACGUAAUGCACUGCAUUGUGUGUUCUAAAUAUUAGUUAGCGUUCUAAUUGACCGUUGAUGCCCAUGCACAGCAAUGGUUACACUGUCUGUCUGUCUGUCUCUGUGUGUAUCAGCUGGCACUACAGGCUACGGAGCAUAUUAUACAUGGCAGACCAACAACCUUCCCUGGCAGCGACUGUGGUGCACUACCAUAGUUCCUGGUGUACACUGUUUCGUUCAUAGCAAACUGUCUUUGAGAGGAACGUAGAUCAUGCUACAACUUCUGGCAGUCAACUGCUUUUUGUGCUUUCUUGUCUGUCUCUGGUCUAAUAAAGAAGAGUGUAGAGCUCAAUGUGCAACCCCACAUCAAUUCAGGAGCAGUGGGUGUCAUUAACCCUCGGCGCGCAUGAGCAGUGAGGGUUACGGUAGUUGGGUCUGUGUGUCUGCGUGUCUGUCUGUUACUCUUCAUCUCACUUCUCGAGUGUUCGUAAGGA